CUAAGUACCUGGAUUGCAGGUUAUCAGAGACCGAUAGGAAUUGUCUUCGAAUUGUCUUCGAAUUGUUGGUUUUCGCAAUAAAAGGCCAAACGCGAAUUUCCGCCAAGACAUUCAACUCGAGAGCUUUCUUCUGAAAAAACAUGAAUUCCGUAACUCUGGUGGGCCUGGUGCUCUGCUGUGUCUUCCUGACAUCGGCCUAUGCCGGCAACGAUUAUCUCUGGGGCGAAAUCGGGCCCAAUGACUAUCAACUGGCCAAGGAUACCGUCUCGAAGGCCUUCUUUGUGGGCCUCGUGCAGAAAAAGAAAUACGUUUUCAAGCAAUCUGAUAAUCUCGAUGCCCUGACCAUUACGGCCAUUAGGGUCACCGACAAGAAGAAGAGCAACGGCGCAACCGCCGUGCUGACCGCAGGCGGACCCGGCUCCAAGGGCGCCACCAUUCAGUUUACCUCGCAGCGCGGCUACGGCAUCAAGGAUUUGGUCGAGGUAUGGGGCCGAUAAAUCGGGCUGAUAGCACGCUAGCAAAACGCUUGCUAACAAGCCUAAAAGUAUGCCAAAUCUCGGAAUAAAGCUUUAAGCAUUUCA